UUUUUUUUUAACAAAAGAACAACUUUUCUGCUUAUGCUAGUUCCAAGACUUAUUCUUGAGACUGGAGUUAAGGAAUCUGGUAAUUCUGUAACAAAAACUUUUGUUUUAUGACCUACAUGCUGGAAAAUAGCAAUUGCCUUUAAAGGAUCACUCUCUGGGAGCUUCAAAAAGAAUAGGAAAACAUGGUACAGUUGUGUGCAAAUGGAGAGAAUAGUUAUAAUUUUCCUUUUUAAGGAGAUGAGAACAUUUUGCAAGCCACAAUAGCUUGCAAAAAUUAUUCUGCCCAUUGUUUGGCAAUAAUAUCCAGGAGCCUUAAAAGUGUUGUAUCAGUGAUAAGAAUCUGAAGAAAGUUCCCAAAGAGUCGGGACAAGUUUCAGCAGUCCUUGAAAUGCCGCCAUUACUCCUUACAACAGCCUCUUGGCAUUUUGGGCACCCAUCCAAUAUGCUCCCUUCAGGUGAAUCACUGUCUAAUCCCUUCCUUCGUUAGUAUUCCUUUAGGUUCAGGAAACGAGGUUCCCAGUCUGCCAAGCUCACCUACACUUACUAACUUUCAGGUGAGUCAUUUCUAUUAACAACCGAGCAAGUUGCUUCAGUUGCUUCUGGUCUGGGGAAUUUGAAAGGGUUUCCCAGAGGACAACAGAGAGACGUACCUACUUGAUCUGGAGGGGGGAAAUGAUUAUUUUCUGUUUUUUAUCAAAAGAACAACUUUCCUGCUUAUGCUAGUUUCAAGAUUUAUUCUUGAGAUUGGAGUUAAGGAAGCUGAUGAUUUGGAGACACUCAACUGGCAAAUGGAAUGGGACAACAAUGACAGGAGUGCAAACAGAAAUAGCCUGUGCUAAAACUCAGGCUCGAUCUUUUCAGUGUAUGUCCUGACAAGCAUUUUGGCUUUAAAAUCUAUCCCAGCUAAAGAAUGGGGCUCAACCUGCUGCGUGGGAAAUCACCAGAUCAUGAACUGAACCAAGGCAAUUCGAUUUCAGGUAACUUCAGUGAUCUUCAUGCCAACAACACAACUGCUAACAAGGAAUUUGUCACCAUUGUCCUACCGGUCCUCUACCUUGUCAUAUUUGUGGCAAGUCUUCUGCUGAAUGGCCUUGCCGUGUGGAUCUUCUUCCAUAUCAGAAACAAAACGAGCUUCAUAUUCUAUCUCAAAAACAUCGUGGUGGCAGACCUGAUAAUGACCCUGACCUUCCCUUUCCGGAUAGUCCGCGAUGCAGGAUUUGGGCCGUGGUACUUCAAUGUUUUCCUCUGCCGUUAUUCUUCCGUUCUGUUUUACGCAAACAUGUACACUUCCAUUAUCUUCCUCGGACUGAUCAGCAUCGAUCGCUACCUGAAGGUGGUGAAGCCAUUUGGCGAUUCUCGGAUGUACAGCAUCACAUUUACAAAGGUUUUGUCUGUUUGUGUUUGGGUGGUCAUGGGUUUUCUGGCCUUGCCCAACAUCAUCCUUACAAAUGGCCAACCCACAGUGGAAACCAUCAAUGAAUGCAUAAAACUGAAAAGUCCUCUGGGCGUAAAAUGGCACACGGCCGUCACCCAUCUUAACAGCUGUUUGUUUGUUGUCGUACUAGUGAUACUGAUUGGGUGUUACAUUGCAAUAUCCAGGUACAUCCAGAAAUCCAGCAAGCAAUUUAUCAGCCAAUCGAGCAGGAAACGAAAGCAUAACCAAAGCAUUAGAGUCGUGGUGGCUGUCUUUUUUACGUGCUUUCUGCCGUAUCAUUUAUGUCGAAUACCGUUUACAUUUAGCCAUUUGGACAGGCUGUUAGAUGACUCGGGUCACAUAAUUCUCUAUUACUGCAAAGAAAUGACACUUUUCUUGUCAGCGUGCAACGUUUGCCUCGACCCCAUCAUUUACUUUUUCAUGUGUCGGUCCUUUUCACGGAGGCUCUUCAAGAAAUCCAAUAUCCGAACAAGGAGCGAAAGCAUUCGGUCGCUUCAAAGCGUCAGGAGGUCAGAAGUACGCAUUUAUUAUGAAUAUACUGAUGUAUAACAUUGCAUAGGCUGUUUCUGGUAUAUAAUGAGUCUGUAAAAAGUGUAAAUAAAUACUUCUUUUGAUUACUUUUGGGUUGAGAACAUCAUAAAUUUGCUAAAAAAAUAUAAUGAGAAUGCUCAGGAAUUUAUACUGGCUUGAGAGUAAAUGAAAAGUUUAUAGAAGCAUAGGAUCAUGGAAU